GCUCUCUCCAAUUCACAAAACGGCAAAACCCACACAACUCUCUCUCUCUCUCUCUCUCUACAACAACAAGAAUAACAAGAAGAAGAAAUCAUAAAAAGACGAACUACCGUUACUUCUAGAAACUACCGCUGCCAGAUCAAGCUGUCAUGGGUUAAAUUCGAGGCCCCAAUACCCCCUCUUAAUUCCCUAUAAUUCUGUUUAUUCACUUGCUGAAUAUCAUCCAAAUCACAACCCAAUUUCAGCUUUCCGGAAGGAUACUGGAAAUUAAGGUUUUAUACUUUUUAUCAGUGCUGAAUUGUGGGUUGAUCUAAAUAAGUUAAUCCUUCUGUGGUGAGAAAAUUUUGCUGUCGCGAUUCGGAUUAAAUUCGGAAGACGUUGGAACGAACGAUGGCGUCUCUGUCGAAGGCGGAUUCCCGGCGUAUGUAUUCAUGGUGGUGGAACAGCCAUAUCAGUCCCAAGAAUUCUAAAUGGCUUCAAGAAAAUCUUACAGAUGUGGAUAUCAAAGUGAAAGCAAUGAUAAAACUCAUCGAAGAAGACGCCGAUUCAUUCGCUAGACGCGCAGAAAUGUAUUACAAAAAACGACCCGAGCUUAUGAAACUGGUCGAAGAGUUAUACAGAGCGUAUCGUGCCUUAGCCGAAAGAUACGAUCACGCAACUGGAGCCCUCCGCCAGGCCCACAAAACAAUGACCGAAGCAUUCCCGAAUCAAGUCCCCGCGGGAUGCGACGACUCAGCGACUAAUUCUCCGUACGAUACCGAUCCUCAGACCCCAGAUUCGAGAACCACCCGAAACCCGUAUUUUGACCCGGAUGAGUUACAGAAAGACGGGUCAACAGGAACUGCAAGAAAAGCGCUUAACUUCAGUGAUACGGAAGAUGCUAGCAACGAUAAAAAUGGGACCCACGAUCGAAACCUAGAGAGUGUCGGUGUGGAUGAUAAAGAGAUCUUGUUGUUAAAAGAGGCCUUGGCUAAAUUAGAAGAUGAAAAAGAAGCGGGAUUAAAGCAGUACAUCGAGAGUUUGGAUAAAUUAGCGAAACUCGAGAACGAGAUUUUAAAAUCGCAAGAAGAAUCUAGCGAACUCGCCGAUCGUGCAAGUAAAGCCGAGGCUGAAUCGCGGGAAUUGAAAGACGUGUUGCAAAAGUUAGAAGCGGAAAAAGAGGAAAGUCUUGAGCAUUACCGUCAGGCGCAAAAGAAAAUCGAGGAAAUUAACGAGCAAAAUUUGAAGGAAGAAAUCGAUAGAUUGAAAAAUGAACGGGAUGCGGCGUAUGACCAGUACAAACAGUCGUUGAAUUCGAUAUCGGAUUUGGAAAAUAAGUUACGAGAAGCAGAGACGGAAAUCGAAAAGUUAAAGCUAGCGAUUGCGAAAUUAACCGAAGAGAAAGACGCGCAAACGGUUUUAUACCAGAAAUGCAUGGAGACCGUUGCGAGUCUGGAACUUCGACUUGUAUGUGCACAAGAAGAAACAGAAAGGCUGAAAACCGAAAUCGAUAACGGAGUUUUACGUUUAAAGGAAGCGGAAGAACAACGGUUAGUUCUCGAACAGUCAAACAAGAGUCUUCACAUGGAACUGACGUCAAUGGAGGUCAAAAUCGGGAGUCAAAGUCAAGAAAUUACCGAGAAGCAGAAGGAGUUAGGGAGGUUAUGGACGUGUAUACAAGAAGAGCGGUUACGGUUCGUGGAGGCCGAAACCGCGUUCCAAACGUUACAACAAUUACACGCUCAAUCGCAAGAAGAGUUACGAUCAAUGGCGGGAGAGUUAAAAAACAGGGCACAGAUCUUACGCGAAAUCGAAGCGCGUAACGAAGUUUUGGAACAAGAGAUACAAAAGCAAAUCGAGGAGAACAAGAAUCUUAACGCGAUCAACUUAUCUUCGGGUGUUUCGUUAAACGAAAUGCAGGCGGAGACCAGUAGCUUAAAAGAAGUCAACGGGAAGCUCGAGGAAGAGGUUGACCUUCGAGUUGACCAACGAAACGCUCUUCAGCAAGAAAUAUACUGUUUAAAAGAGGAACUAAACGAAUUGAAUAAAAAGCACGGGUCCAUUUUGGGGCAGGUUACGUCUGUCGGGUUGAAUCCCGAAAGCUUCGAAUCAUCUGUAAAGGAGUUGCAAGACGAAAACGUCAAUUUGAAAAACGAAUGGCAAACGGAAAAAACCGCAAAAGAAGCGUUACUGGAGAAAUUGGAAAUUAUGGGUCAACUUCUCGAGAGAAACGUGGUUUUGGAGAAUUCGUUAUCGGAUUUGGGUGCGGAGUUAGAAGGGGUACGGGGAAAGUUAAAAUCACUCGAAGAAUCGUAUCAAUCUCUUUCGGAAGAAAAAUCGAAUAUCGUUGUCGAAAAGGCGAAUUUAUUAGGGCAGUUACAAGUAACAACCGAUAAUUUAAGUCAAGUUUCGGAGAAGAACACGGUUCUCGAGAAUUCCCUUUUUGACGCGCAUGUCAAACUCGAAAUCUUGAAGCAAAAGUCGAAGAGUUUCGAAGAUUCGUGUCGGUUGCUUGCGGAUGAAAAGUCUGCGCUUAUUAGCGAAAACGGUACUCUUGUCUCACAAAUGGAAGUUACCGAAAGAACGUUAAAGGAUCUAGAGACGAAAUACACAGAUUUGGUAGAGAAAUAUUCGUUAAUGGAGAAAGAACGAGAAUCUACUAUUCAAAAAGUCGAAGAGUUAAACGUAUCAUUGGCGUUACAAAAUCAAGAACAUGUUAUUUUUGCCGAAAAGAACGGUAAACAGUUGCAUGCAAUGAGAAGCGAAAUUCAACGCCUGCAAGAAGAACGUCGAAAUAAAAGCAAAGAAUUCGAAGAAGGGUUGGAUAAAGCUUUCGAUUCGGAAAUCAACGUCUUCGUGUUGUCGAAAUGCGUGCAAGAUCUCGAAGAAAAUAACCUUUCGUUGUUCAAUGAUUAUCGUAAACUCCAAGAAGCGUUACAGUUGUCGGAAAGUCUCGUUCGUGUGUUGAAGCAAGAGAAAACCGAAAGCCAGAUAAAGAUCAAAUCUUUAUCCGAUCAAAACAAUCGGUUGAAAAACGGGACGCACCAGUUGUUGAAAUUUGCGGGUAUUUCUUUACACGCUGGAUCCGAAAACGGGCAGGAACAAACGUAUUUCGAUAGUAUACAGAAAACGUUCGAGGCUACAAACCGUGCCGUAAUCGAAAACGAAGAAAAAAACAUGAAGUUGGUUGUUGAAAUAUCGAUUCUAGUCGCACUUUUGAGGCAGUUUAAAACAGAAGUGGCGGAUCUCGAGGCGGAAAAGCGCGAUAUUCAACAGGAGUUGCGUGUUCGGUCUGAAAAGAUUCUCGGGUUGGAGAACGAGGCCCAGAAAAUGUCGGAAACGAAUGAAGCAUUAAGAUGUAAAUUGAUCGAAGGCGAUAUUAACGAAUCGGGGUUACGAACUCAGCUAGGGAAUAUACAGUGUGAAUUAUCAAUUGCUCAAGAAGCUUUCCGAACGUUACAGAUGGAGAAUUCGGCGGUUCUCGAAGAUAACAAAUCUUUGUUGAAAGAUAAUUUCCAUAUCAAGAGCAAGAUUCGUGCUUCCGAAGAGGAAAACGGAAUCUUUUUGACCGAGGUUUUAAGUCAAAACAUUCUCGCACAAGCUUUGAAGAAUUACGUUGAUGAAAAACAUGAAGAAAUGUCGACGGUUGAGAAGAAAUUAGAAGAUGCGGGAACGGAAAACGUUGAUCUUAAAAAGAGUUUGGAAAAAUCCGAACAUGAGUUGAAAACCGUUAUAUCCGUUCGUGAUCGACUAAAUUCGGAUUUAGCAAACACGAGUAAUUUGCUGCAAGUAAAAGAAAAGGAACACAAGGAAGCGGUCGAACAAAUUAUGAUGUUAGAGAAUGACAAAAAUGAGUUGUCGGAGAUUUUAGCCGAUUUGCGGAGAGAAAACGACGAGGUUAAAACGACAAACGAUCAACAACGGAAACAAAUUCUCGAACUUUUACAAGAAAAUGAUCAUUUGAGUAUCGAAAACCAGAUUUCUGACGUUAAAAUGCAAGAAUUGACGGAAAAUCUGGAAAAAACUGAGGAAAAGGCUCGGUUUUUGGAAACCGAAGGGUCGUUAGUUUACGGUGAUUUGCAGACGUCUACGAUGUAUCAAGUUUUAUUGGAAGAGAAGAUCCGUGAACUUACAAAAGUUUGUUUGAAUCUUCAAGAAGAAUAUAACGCCAAAGACGUGAAUCAUGAACUGCUUAAAGAAAAAACCGACGUUUUGGAAUGUGAGAAUGCUGAUCUUAAAGCUCGUUUGGCUGCUUACGGUCCGGCACUUGAAUCUUUGAAAGAUAGCAUCGUAUCAUUGGAAGAUCAUAUAUGUAUCAGAACCAAAGUUCCGGAAUCCGAUAACGAGGAUGCAAAGGGUGGUGAAUCCGCAACAAUGGAGCGAGAUGCGUUUGUUGAGUUGCAGGAUCUUCAGAGUAAGGUUAAAGUUAUCGAAACGGCAGUAGUCGAAAUGCAAAUGCGGUCGAUGCAACAGAAGUUAGAUUCAGAUGCGAAGCUGGAAUCCGCAAUGCAGCAGAUCGAAGAGUUGAGUUCGCAAAAGAGUUCUCGUAGUAAACCGAAAUCACGAUCGGAAAUCUCGGAAGCCGCCGAUCCGAAAGAUAUCAUGUUAGAUCAAGCGUCAGAAUGUUCGUCAUACGGUGUAAGCAAAAGAGGAACAACCGAAGGUGAGAUUUGGGAAACCGCGAAUGAUUCGAAAAGUAUGUACAUACACAAUCCAACCGCUUCGGACGUGUCUCUCGAUAACAUAGUGGAUAAGCUAGAAGUUUCUAGAAGAUUCAAGGAGUCUCGUGGUGAUGACGAAAGCAAGCGGAAAGUUCUCGAACGAUUAAACUCCGAUGUUUUAAAGUUGACGAAUCUCCAGAUUACGAUCGAGGAUUUGAAACGGAAAGUCGAGAUCACGUUACGUAGCAGACGAGGAAAAGCGAUGAUCGAAUGCGAGACGCUAAAAGGCCAACUCAUGGAAGCCGAAUCCGCGAUCCAGAAACUAUACGAGCUUAACGGGAAAUUCGUAAAACAAAUAGAAGGUAUCGACGACGGAGGAGAGAGCGAAAGUAUGAGAAGAAAAAAGGUGUCGGAACAAGCAAGAAGGGUGUCGGAAAAGAUCGGUCGGUUGCAGUUAGAGAUACAGAAGAUACAGUUUGUGUUGGUGAAACUCGAUGAUGAAACCGAAGCAGCAGGAAAAACGAGGUUUAUGGAUAGCAGUAAACGGGUGCUGUUGAAAGAUUAUCUUUAUGGUGGCGGGAGAACGAAAGCGACGGUUAGUAGCAACAGGCGGAAGAAAGGCCAUUUCUGCGCGUGUGUCGAGCCUUCGACUAAAGGCGAUUGAGUUUUUCGAUUAUGAGUUGAUUUAGUGUGUGUGUUUUUUUGUUUGUUAUAUAAUACUAAUGAAUGAAUAACUUGUGGUUUUUGGGUUUAGACAGGAGGGAUCUAAUCUCAUUUAAGAAGCCAUUUUAGAGAGCUUGUUUAAAGUUGGCCUUUCAUUCUUGUAAAA